AUGCUCCACGAACUGCUCCUCUCGCUCUCCGGACACCCGUCCCCGCUAUUCGAUGCCCCCGGCCACGUGACCUCGACCGCCAGUCGACUGCUCUCUCCAUCCGAAGAACAAUUAUUGUCUUCGAUCGGCCAUCUCUCACAGCUGCAUCGGAAGCUGCGCGACCAUACUUCUAGGAUUGCUGCUUCGCACCCUUCAAUCAUCUGCCGAGCAGUCGCCACUUCAAUCACAUCGCAUCACCUGGAGCAGUUUCAACAAAAGAUACUUGACGUAGAGAGUCGCAUCCUCAAGCAAGAUGCCUCAACUGUCGGUGCGUACAAUAUUGUGCCGCUUGCUGGGAUCGUGAGCGAAUUCUCCGAAUGGGUCAGGAUCAUGGAAUGGUUGUGGGACAUUACCAAUCAUAUGAUCCCUGCAGAAGCUGCAUUCAAAAUCGAGAGGAUGAUCAGCCAGUCGGCCUCGGGAGCUGGGAUCAUUGACAAACUGCGGGCUGAGGCCCAAACUGGAUUUCCCGACAUCGAAGAGGCUGCGCAUGGUCUAAGCAAGGUCGCCGAAACAUCAUGGCUGCGGCAGCUAUCGACAUGGCUAUUGUACGGCCGCCUUCCUUCCUGCCGAAUCGACUUUUUUAUUCAGCAAGAUGACGAAGAUGCGGAGGAGCAAGUCUUCAUUCUGCAGAGCAAUCUGCUCCCAAAGUUUGUAACAAGACAGACGGCUCUUUCAAUUCUGUUUGUUGGAAAGUCGCUCAAUCAGAUCCGGUCGCUGCCAUCAGCUGUAAAGGCGUUGAAUGCGAAGAACUCGUCUUCAGAGCUGGAUCUGCUACCCAAGCAUGUUCACCAACUCUCUGAAGUGACUGCGCCAGUGUCAGUAGCAAAACUUUCCGAAGCCAUCGCAAAUAUUCGCUUGUCAUUAUCGCGAAAUCUUCUACAGCACUUGCUGCCGCGGGAGAAGAUUGUCGAGACUCUGACUGUGCUGCAUCAGUUCUUCCUCAUUGGCAGGGGUGAGUUCGCUUUGACACUGAUUGCUGAAGCAGACGAAAAAAUGUCAUCGCGGCAUCGCAGCCAGUCAGCAGCCAAGGCUAGGGAGUCAGUGAGGGGUGUGUUGCUCAAAGAGGCGGAGAUUAAUCACAUUCUUGCCCGCUCAUUCUCUAUUCUUUCGACAUUGUCCAGCGAGGAUGAGCACACGGAUGAUAUUUUGGAUGUCGCGACGCAACUGCUACACCUCAGUGUGAAUAGUUCCUCGACCCAUCGCCCCGGAACACCGGGACGGGCCAAGGACGCAGACUCUAUGCUCCCACAGCUCGCCAAUCUCUCCUUUGACGAGUUACUGUUAUCUGUGCCAACGUCCCUCACAAUGGAUAUCCGUUCGCCGCUCGAUCUCUUUUUAACCAAAUCGGACCUGGAUGUCUACUCAUCUAUCAACUCUUGCUUACUCGCAGUCCGACGGGCCCAUCUUCACUUGGCUGAAUUGUGGCGGUACAGCUCAAUACGGAGAGACUACCCAUGUCCCCCUGGCUAUCAAUACAGCAAUUCUGCGCAUGGAAGGGCAAUUCUCAAAAGACGCCGCCAGCGUGCCACUAAGAGAUCGCAAGAAAUGCGCAGGAUAUGGGCUACAUGUGCAGCUGCAAUCUUCUUCCUGGCAGAAAGCGAGGCGUAUUUUCAUGGCACCGUUGUACAGCAAUCUUUCCGUCAUUUCAUCACCUGGGUCACCGGGGCGCAGAACCCCUCGUCCCAGCCACCUACCGCACCAUCAAGCCGCCCUUCUUCAUCGAGGUUUCGCAGGUCCAUGACGGACGGUGACUCCCAGAAGCAGCACGACCCAGAAGCGCUGGCCUCGGCACAUCGCCGAUUCCUCUCCUCGGUCGCUUACUCGCUCCUCCUGACCGACCAGACCUUUACCAAGGCACUCCGUACAAUGUGCACUCAUGUAGACGAACUGGUGGCAUUCAUCACGCGUCUGACCAAGAUUCAACAGAACUUGGACCUUGAAGAAGAUGAGGGCGUGGAGGACUACGCGCAAAACUACCAAAAGGAAGAGCGAGAGGUCAGUGUGGAAAUGGAUCGCGCAAGAAGAAGGCUGGACAGCGAUUUGAAGGCACUGGUAGACCGAUUGCGAGAGAUAGAUAGCGAAAGGAUCGGUGCUUCCGCACCUGGCACCGCAAGUUCCGCCACACGGGAAGAAGGUGCUUAUGAGCCGCUGAGGGUAGGCGGAAUCGAUCGUCUGUUGAUGAAAUUGGACUGGAGUGGCGAGGACGAGGGAGGUGAGGAACCGUACAGCAAUUGGCAAUUACUGCACCAUUUCAUUCAAUCAUCCACAUCACGUACCCUAUCAAUUCAUCGCAGUACCGCACUGAUGCCGUGCACAAAGUGCAAGUUGCGAAUGCAUGUACAUGGCGCCGCUCACUCCAAUGUGGAACAUGCCAAUCCUUUCGACGACUCUGCCACCACAGACGCUCUGAAUAACAGAGAAGCUCCGGACACCGGGACUCGCCCUCAACCUCCAACACAUUCGCUUUCCGCACCGAACCCAGCAAAUACGUUUCAUCUGCCCAAUGGCGAUACUGCCAGACACCACGACUCAGCCGUCUGGUCCGAAACAACCGUAUCCCCAUCCAUUCCUUCUUCCCCGCUGCUUCGAACCCAACGCCGACUAUCGAAUCCCUUUAAAGACCCAAAACCACUACAUCCAAACGAGACAGUACAUGCAGCCAUGGCAGAACCCACAAGCAGCCCAGCACCCCCAAGCUAUCAAUCCUGUGCAUGUCCGGCUACGCCGAAAAAGAAAACUAGCCGCAGCCUGCGAGACCGGGUCAAGACGCUGUUCAAAGGGAGCAAGAAGGACGCGGCGACUUGCAAGCAAGAAGCUGCCGUUCUGACAACGGCGCGAUUCAGGGGCCAGGGCAUACAUUUUCUGCAUGGCACCAUGCGCAGUCGGAGAUAUAGCUACUUGAGCAAGUGA